AUGACAAGUGCUACUGAUCAUUCGUCUGAAACUAUUGAAGAGAAAUUAGCAACGCGAAUACGGCAGUGCGGAUGUCAAAAUGUCACUCUCAAAGAUAUUUUACAAGUGGUGUUUGUGACUUUCAUACCAAUAAUUAUAAGUGCUUUAACUGUUAUUUCCAUGGAGAAUACAACGCAUAUCUAUCAAGCCAAUCGAGAAAACGAUUUGGAUAUCGCUCGACAACGAGCAUUCGAAGUGGGUAACGAAACUACUUUCACUGAGUUUGUCAUGAAUAUUGCCGAUGUUCUUCUAAAAGCCUCGUCUCAAUCGAUAUCAAAGCUUCACUAUGGAAUCAUACGUGGAUUGAUUGCAGCUGUUUUCCAGAGAAAGAAACGCGCCAUACAAUACUUGCACGGUUUAAGAAUUUUGCGACGUGGCUCAGGACCAUUCGUUGUCUCCGUUUUACAGCUACAAAACACAGAUUUCACUCGAGCAUCUUGUUCAACAGAGACACCGAGAGGUUGGAGAACGAUUUAUUCCGACACUACACUGUACACUCGUGAUGUACGAAAUAUUUCCAUUGUCAACAUGACAUUUGGCGAUUUCAGACGAGGAAAAUGCUCAUUUGCAAUCAAGCCAAGAGCUCGUUUUCUUCAAAAUAUCGAUCUACGUCUGUAUUCAGUUCUCAUUGACACUGGCCUGGCUGUAUUUACUGCGUCAGCUCUCAUGGGUUGUGAUAUUCCUGGCAAUCAUGCAUACCUCUCUGUACUUAUGCUCCGCUCUGAUGGAUUGGGACAAGGAAACCGAUCAUAUUUAAGCUCAGACGGAAUCAAACUAGACGAUAAAUUCGUGAUGCAACCAUAUCGAAUAAUCGCAAAACGCAUGAUGAAAAACACACGUCAGAUUGCUAUUACUUUUGGUGUUGAAACAUUGCCUUCACCAGGCAGUUGGUGUUAUUUUGACAAUAUGACACUCGGCGUUCGACAAUCAAUCUGA